UCCUAUAUAAAAGGAGAAUCAUCUUGGUUGUUAUAGUAUACUUUUGAGUGAGAGUAAAAGGAGAAGAGAGAAAUGGCUAAGUGGUGCAUUUUGGUGGUUUUGGCUCUUGCUGUAGUUGCAACAAGUGCAAGAAAUGUGCCUGCUGGAGAAGGUGGUUUGAAGGAUGAGAAGAAUUUCAUUGGCGGGAUUGGUGGCUUUUCAGGAAUUGGUAACAAUGGUUUUCCUUUUGGAGGUGUAGGCUUUGGCGCCGGUGGUGAUGCUGGUGGUGGUGGACUUGGCGGUGGUGGAUUCGGAGGAAUAGCAGGUGGUGCUGGUGGACUCGGUGGAAUAGGAGGUGGUGGACUAGGUGAUGCUGGUGGGGGUGGCCUCGGUGGAAUAGGAGGUGUUGGACUCGGUGGUAUAGGAAAUGGUGGACAAGGUGGUGGCGGCCUUGGUGGAAUAGGAGGUGAUGGACUCGGUGGUGGAGGCCUUGGUGGACUCGAUGGUUCUCAUGGAUUUGGAGGAUUCAACGGGUUAGGCGGUGGUGGACUAGGUGGACUUGAAGGUUCUCAUGGACUGGAAGGAUUCGGUGCACACCACCAUGGUGGAUUUGGUGGACACCAUCAUAAUGGAUUUGGUGGUUCUCAUGGACCGGAAGGAUUCAGCGGACUUGGUGGUGGUGGACUCAGUGGACACCACGGUGGUGAACUUGGUGGUUCUCAUGGACUGGAAGGAUUCAGCGGACUUGGUGGUGGUGGAUUCGGUGGACACCACGGUGGUGGUGGAUUUGGUGGAUACUAUGGUGGUGGACAUGGAGUUUAUGGUGGUGGUGUCUUUCCUCAUCCUUGAGUAACAAGUUAACUACUAUAUAUGGAAUUUACUCUAUUUUACUAUUCUUAAGAAAAUAAAAGUUAGUUAUAGUGGCUUUAUUGUAAUUUGAUUUAUCCAAAUGAUAUGUUUUUGCAGCUGCAGAAAGAGUGUUAGCUAGUACUAGUACUAGUGUGUUUUAUUAUGAUGUGUUCUUCUUUCUAGUGUAAUGUAAGGGAUAUAAAUUUUAUGAUCUACAA